AAACUAGGGAUUUUUUUUGUUUAUGUUUUCAAUUCCACCAUUAUUGCUUUCUUCCUUCUUUGAAAUUCUGUCCAAUUCAGUUUCCAAAUUUGUAGGUGCUCGUAACAAAAUACCUAAAUUCUGCUGGUUUCAGAUGUGGAUGAUAUACUGAUCAACUAGGGCUUUGAGUUGAGUUGCGGAAUUCUUAUUCGCAGUUGUGGAAGUGGGGGAAUUUUGGGUUCGUUGAGUAGUGCGGAAUCCAAGAGCUUCUGGUUUUAGUUUGGAGGAACUCGAUAGAUAGGUUAGUAAAGCUUUGACCUUGGGGUAGGGGAGAUGUACCGGAGUGUGUCUUCGGCUACCACCCGGGGUGGACUACCUACAGACAGCGGAGACUGUGUGGUUCAACUUGAUCAAGUUCCACGUUGGAGCGAUGCUGAGCAGAGGUCUUCUUUGGCAUAUGAGAACGAGGAUGUUUCCUUUCCUAGCUCGUACUUUUUGGAUCCCCUCACAUCCGCUUCUGGAGCAGAUAAUGGCGCCAGUGGGACUACAUCAAGGUUUCCUGUCGAUCAUGAAAUAAACUCAAAGGUAUAUCUCUGGCGGGGAAACCCUUGGAAUCUUGAGGUUGAUGCAGUCGUCAACUCCACAAAUGAGAGUUUGGAUGAAGCACAUAGUAGUCCUGGUUUGCAUGCUGCAGCUGGACCUGGUCUUGCUGAAGAAUGCAUGACGCUGGGUGGAUGUCGAACAGGAAUGGCCAAGGUUACCAAUGCAUAUGAUCUACCUGCUAGGCGGGUGAUUCACACUGUUGGUCCGAAGUAUGCAGUCAAGUAUCAUACUGCUGCAGAGAAUGCUCUGAGUCACUGCUACCGCUCUUGCCUUGAACUUCUUAUAGAAAAUGGACUUCAGAGCAUUGCUAUGGGCUGUAUAUAUACAGAGGCUAAAAAUUAUCCUCGUGAACCUGCUGCACAUGUGGCAAUAAGGACUGUUCGACGGUUUCUAGAGAAGCACAAAGAUAAAAUUACAGCUGUUGUUUUUUGUACUACCACGGCAUCUGAUACUGAAAUAUAUAAAAGACUUCUUCCGCUGUACUUUCCUCGAGAUAAACAUGAGGAGGAGGUGGCACUGUCAAAGCUUCCUGCUGAUGUUGGGGAUGAGAAUGGUGAGACAAUAAUAGAUGAACGCAAAAUCAGAAUAAAGCCCUUGCCUGCUAUAACUACCAGUGUCCCAAAACCUCCCAUUACUCCUGAAGCUCUUCCCGUUAGUGAUGUUGGGUUAACAAUGAGACGGAAUUCAUCCUAUUUGGAUUCAUAUCUGGAUCCUGCAUUCAUGUCUUUGAUUAAGGAUCCAGAUCAGAGACGAAGAGAACAAUGGGAGAAGGCUGCUCGAGCACAAAGUGGUUGGAAUUGUGCUAAAUUUCUUGGAUUUGGUGAUCUUGGUGGUCCUCCCUUGUCCAUUGCAGAAGAAUACUCACUUCAUUCUAGAUAUCUUGCUAAAGCAAAUUCCCUUAAUCUUUCUGAAAUUGCGGAAAUGAAAAUAGUUUACCGUGGUGGGGUAGAUAGUGAAGGACGACCUGUUAUGGUUAUUGUGGGGGCUCAUUUUCUGCUGCGAUGUCUUGAUCUGGAGCGGUUUGUACUCUAUGUAGUAAAGGAGUUUGAGCCCUUGAUACAGAAGCCUUAUACUAUUGUAUACUUCCACUCUGCAGCAUCUUUACAACUUCAACCAAACUUAGGAUGGAUGAAGAGAUUGCAACAAAUACUUGGUCGGAAACACCAGCGUAACCUUCAUGCAAUAUACGUUCUUCAUCCUACCUUUGGGCUGAAGACAGCAAUACUUGCUCUACAAUUGCUCGUAGAUGGUGAGUCAUGGAAGAAAGUCGUAUAUGUCGAUCGGCUACUGCAGCUGUUCAGAUAUGUUCCACGCGAGCAGUUGACUAUUCCUGAUUUUGUGUUCCAGCAUGACCUCGAAGUGAAUGGAGGGAAAGGUCUUAUUGUGGACCCUAGAACCAAAUAUGUGUAUCACCGUCCAUAAUUGUGAAUUUUAGUCUGGUAUGUGAGUAUCACCAAACAUGCAUACGAUACAGGAUUUUUGUUUUUUAAUUUUUGAAUUCUUUUGUCCUUUUUUAUUUCUUUUCGUAGGUUGGGUGGGAUUAAUUUGAUUGUUCCUUGUGUACAAGUAAUUUUCUUCCGUUGUUUUUUUUUUAUUUUUUAUUUUAUGUAAUUUUUGAAGAGAAAAGUAUGGAAAUAAAAUCAUUUGUUUCUUUUUCCUG